CCCGCGCGGUGACAGCGACGCCUGCGGCCCCGGGAGCGCUCCACUCGCCGCUGUCGCCAGAGAGGCCGGUGACCUCUUGGCCCCCCCGCCUCAGAGGCUCAGAUGGCUCAGGCGAAGAUCAACGCGAAAGCCAACGAAGGACGCUUCUGCCGCUCCUCCUCCAUGGCGGACCGCUCCAGCCGCCUGCUCGAGAGCCUGGACCAGCUGGAGCUCAGGGUUGAAGCUUUGAGAGAAGCAGCCAGUGCCGUUGAGCAAGAGAAAGAAAUCCUCCUGGAAAUGAUCCACAGUAUCCAGAACAGUCAGGACAUGAGGCAGAUCAGUGAUGGAGAAAGAGAAGAAUUAAAUCUAACAGCAAACCGUUUGAUGGGACGAACCCUCACUGUUGAAGUUUCAGUAGAAACAAUUAGAAACCCCCAGCAGCAAGAAUCCCUGAAGCAUGCCACAAGGAUUAUUGAUGAGGUGGUCAGUAAAUUUCUGGAUGAUUUGGGAAAUGCCAAGAGUCAUUUAAUGUCACUGUACAGUGCUUGCUCUUCUGAGGUGCCUGCUGGGCCAGUUGAUCAGAAGUUUCAAUCUAUAGUAAUUGGCUGUGCUCUUGAAGACCAGAAGAAAAUUAAGAGAAGAUUACAGACUCUGCUGAGAAAUAUUGAAAACUCUGACAAGGCCAUCAAGCUGUUAGAGCAUUCUAAAGGAGCUGGUUCCAAAACUCUGCAACAAAACACUGAAAUCGGAUUUAAUUAGUUUUGAAACCUACAAGUACUUACAAGUAAUGUUGUGAAAAUGAUAAAAUACUGCUUUAUGUGGUAACUAGUUCUUUGUUAGGCAUAACCACUCUUUCGAUACUGAACAUUGUUUCAGAUGAGGAAAAUAUUUCAGUGUCGUCAGUUUUGCAAAUAAAACAAUUAAAACUAGAAAUAUUUUAAUUACCUAUCAAGUUUUUAGAUUGAAUUCUUGUCUUAUACUAGGAUUUAGCACCUAAUGUCUGUAUAUAUUUUUUUACUAUUCUGUGGAUGAAUACAUAGUAUGUGGGGAAAAAUAAGUGCUCAGCUAGGGGCAAAGGGCAUCACUGCUCUUUCCUGGGCUGUGUCUGGUACGGCAACAAAUAGGCACGUGGGCAUUUCAUCAACUCGAAGUUCUUUACCUUAAGCAGCAGCACACACUUAAGUGCACGCCAGUGUUAAGCACUGUGCUUAGAGGAUACAGGGAAUUGCAAAACAAGAUGCUUUCCCUACGCCCUUUCUUCCAUUCAGCAAAGGUUUUAGAGGCAUCCGUAUCAAAUUUUUUUGAACUUAAAGAUUUAUGUAUCUCAUGUUUUUUUUAUAUACAUGAAAACAUGACAUAAAAUGUUUGAGGAAAAUCACCUAUAAUUUUACCACUGUGUACAACUAUAUGUUCACCUCAUCUUUUUUCAAAUACGUUUCUGUAAAAUUUUAAUCAUUACAAAUAUUCAGUGUUGUAACUUGCUUUUUUUUUUUUUUUAGCUAAGUGCUGCUAUAAAGUCUGCUAAUUGUCAACUCUAGCAUAUUCUGUGUAGUUGUACCAUAAUUUACGUACUCAUUCCCCUCUAAGUGGUUAUGUAGGUGGUUUCCCAGUUUAAUACUACUGCAACAUCUUUAUGUGCAGAGAACUUUUUCCUUCUUUCUUUUGUUACUUUCUUUGUAUAAAUUUCCAGCAGUGGAAUUUACUUAGAGGGUAUAUACAUUUUCAUGGCCUGGCUCCUGUUUCCUAACUUCUUUGUAUAAGAAUUAUGUCAAUUUAUACUGUCUUCAGUAAUUAAAAUGUAGCUGUUUCACUGAAAUCUUUCCAGCACGUGCAUUUAAUUUUUUCUAAGAGUAGAUAUAAAACCUCAUUUUAAUUUGUAUUUUAUUUACUAACAAAAUUGACCAGUAUUUGUCAAAGUAACCAUUGUUACUGACCCAUAAAAACUGCAACAUUUCCCCUAAAUACUACUUCAAAAUGAAUACAUCAAACUCAAGUUUCAUUAGAACACAAGUAUUCUUCACACUGAAAAAUUCAAGAUCUAGAUUUAUAUAACAAUUACUGAGCUUCAUCUUAUGAACAAAACCACUGAGUCUCUCCAUAAAAAGGAAUUCCAAUCUGAGGACUUCAUGGCUGCUUCAUUUGCCAGUACCAACUCUACCUCAUUAAAUCUUUCCACUUCAUGAGAAACAUUACUUCUUACAGCUAUCUGUGGCAAGCCUCGUGGUUUGUUAGCCAACUCUGAUAGGCUGUCUUCAGGUCCACUGUUAAAGAUUUUCUUAUUUGCCAUCUUUUUCUUUACCAGCUUGCUUUCUUAAAAAAAAUUAAGAAAUGGACAUUCUGACAUCUCUCUCAGGUUCCCAAGUAUUGUCAGCAUCUGUAAAUCCCUUUGAAACAUUCCCCUUUCCCAUUAUCCUGUUAGUCUAGGACUUUUCCCACCACAAAUUUUUCCAGCUGUGUCUGCCUCCAUGGCCUUUGUAUCCUCCUCUUUCCCAUGUUUUGCAGUGUAGUUUUAUUGGAAGUCAUUACUUAUUACAGACUUGAAGAGCUCUUAUCUACCGUCUCCAGACUGCUUGGGGUCUGUGGUCUGCUGUAUCACCAGCUCUCAGUACCUCCAGCUGGAGCCACAUCCAAGGGGGCAGGGACUCCAGUAUGUCUUAACAUGUAUUUUUAUUGGUAAGGAUGGAAGUGUAAGUUAUAUUCAGAUCAUGACAGGAGUCACAUUUUUAUCUUCACUUAAGCUAUUUUUUAUGUAGAAAAUAAUCCGAUUUAGACUAUAGGAAAUUGAGUACAUGUUUUUGUCCUAUGUUGACAGUUUCCCUAACAGCCCUACCCCAAUCCCUUAUCAUUACUAGCACCGACUCGACGGCACCUAACAACAGCAACAACAUUGCACUUUUAGGAAAGCCCUUCUGCCAUCCCUCCCCUGGCGCUUCUCCUUGAAGCCUGCUUCUUGCCUUCCCUUUUAGGGAUAGGCCCCCUGAAGUGUGACAAAUAGCAGGACCUACAGAGGAGAUGGCAGAAGACUACUAAGUAUUUAUCAACAGACUGAAAACCCUGCCCAGUUAAAAGACAUACAGAAUUGACCCUUCUGGUACUUUAGACACCCCUGACAUUAAAAAAAAAAAAAAAAAAUCCUAAAGCUCUCAGAGGGAUAGAAAGGGGAAAGCUAUAGUAAUGCAUGUGAACUGGUGGCUUCUAGUGUCUCUCCCAGUACCAGUGUUGCAUCCUGCAGAGGGCACCUUUCACACUAUAGUCUAUGUGAAUGUUGUCCCCCCUUUAAUAAAACAUUAGCCAAGUGAGGUAUUAUGCACAGGGACGCAGCAACGAGUGCAGGCAUGGUCCUUCAUGCUGACUGAGCUCUAGCACUCAAAAUGCCUACAAUUCGCCCUAAAGAAGUGAUCAACUAAUUGGGGAACUCUGCUGCAACAGUUAAAAUUGGAAAGUAUGAAAGAAUUUAACAACUGCUGAAAUCAGCAGAGUAAGAUUUGGCAAACUAGAAAAAUACACAAUAAUUUUAAUCAGGAAACAUCCAUCUGUUCCUUUUGAAUAACUGAUGGUGAUAAAUGCCGAUACAUUUGCAGUACAGAUAUGGGUGAUACUUCUGAGGGCUUGAUUCAAGGACAAAGUAAAAGAGCUGAAAAUCCUGGAAAAGCAACAAGAUGCCAGUGAGCUUGAGCUUAGCCACCCUCUAGUUGUGUGUGUGUCAAGAGAGCAAGCGACCACUCAUAAACCAAGCAAGAUGAAAAUGGCUGAGAGGCAACAAUAGUGGAGACCUGCUCACAUUCUUGAGUCUUAAAUCAUGAACAAGAGUAUACAACUUGAGUAAACAACUUGAACUGGACCAUCCAAGUCUUUUUAACUAUCCAUCUCAAACCAAACCACUAUACAUUGUAGCAAACACACUUUCCUGGCAUAUGGAGAGCAUUCAGAUUAGUGUGGUGUUCACACAGUUUGGUGAAGGCCGCUUUCAGUAACUGCCAGUUUUAAUAUGCAAUAUUCCGUGGGUGACCAAACAGGUUGAGGUGGGCAGUUUGUGAAAGAGUUUGACAAAGGGUGUCAGAAAAAAGCUGAAAAAUCUGGCAUUGGAAAACUGACCCAGCAUUUGAAUCCAGGGUGUAUUAUAAAUACAUUUCCAAAUGUAAUCAUCAGACCUCAGAGGUCUGAAGAUACCAGUUGUGGGACAAAACAGAACACACAAAGGAGGCACAAUACUGCCCCGUUAAGCACUGCGGCAGGAAGCCCAGGGUGAGCGCCCAGCCCCACCUCUUACCAGCGGAGAGCCCCAGGGAAAGUCACAACCUCUGUAGGUCCCUGUCCACCCAACUGUAAAAUCGGGGCAAUUGUGUUCCCAUGAGUUACAGGUUUCAAUGAGGUAUCUCGUGCAAGGUGCUUAGGCUGGGGCCUGACACCUAGAACACACUUGUUAAACAAAUAACCACAGGUUAAAACAAAUGUGUUAUUUGAGGGCCAAAAGCCUCCAGACAAGACUAAAACAACUUUUCCUUAAAAAAGAUUAACAAGGACACGGGAGAGUGUGUUGGCAACUCUUGACUGGAGGGGGGAUGGGAAGAUAGAGAGAGAGGGAAGAUGGUAAAAUUGGCACAAAACGAGAGACUGUAAGGGCUGACUCAAUAGGGGGAGAACAAGUGGGAGAAGGGAGUAAGAUGUAUGUAAACCUAUAUGUGACAGACUGAUUGGAAUGGAAAAUGUUCACUUGAAGCUUAAUAAAAAUUUAAAAAAAAAAAAAAGAUUAACAAAAUGAUAAAGGAAAUUGUGUUUCCAAGACAAAAUUAUAUAAACCAGUGAUACUAAGUUCAUUAAAUAUCCACUAUCGGUAAAAUGGGGAAACCCUGGUAGUGUAGUGGUUAAGGGCUAUGGCUGCUAACCAAAAGGCUGGCAGUUCGAAUCCACCAGGUGCUCCUUGGAAAACCUAUGGGGCAGAUCUACUUGGACCGAUAGGGCUGCUAUGAGUCAGAAUCAACUCGAGCGCAAUGGGUUUGGGUUUUUUUUUUUUUUGUAUCAGUAAAAUAAGUUGCUAAAUAUUGGCAGAGUAUCUGAAAACUCUGUGGAGUAAAUUCUACUUUGAUACACGGCAUCACCAUGAGUUGGAGUCGACUUGACGGCAACUGAUUUUUUAUCUGAAAUAGGAAAUAUUUUUUGGUUGUUUUGAUUUUUAAAGACAUAGAUAGCAUUAUACCUUUUACUAUUUUGUAAUAUACUCAUGAUACACAUCACACAUCACACAAAAUUCUUGCUUUGAAAUGUAUUUAUUUUUUGAUUGUUAGAAUUUAUC